AUGUUCGUCAAGUCCAUCCUCGCUAUCGCCGGCCUCGCUGGCUUCGCCAUCGCGGGCGCCAUGCCUGCAUCUGUCUGCGCCAGCCACCAGCAGGUUGUCUGCUCAGGCAACGGUAACGGUGGUCUCUUGACCCUGGGCAACGUUCUUCCCGGUGCUCUCGGUACCUCCUGCUCCGGCGGUGAUGUCUACUGCUGUGAUACUUCCGAUAUCAACCAGGUUGGCCUCGUGAAUCUUGAUGUCAACGCUCAGUGCUCCCUCAACCACCUUCUCUAA